UAACCGGUGGGGCCACCAUCGGUGCUACCGGUGACCUCAAUGUCUGUGAAGUCCAGGUGAGCCAGAAGCGACCAUCGCAUCGCUGCGACUGGCAUAUCAAUGAAAACCUGUUAUUUGCAAAUGAGGCCUUCCUUUCACCCUCACCACUGGCACUGACUUAGCCCAUCGCCCAGCCCAACGAUGGUAAUUAUCGAAAUCAAUUACAAGUCAACGGACGCCGCUGAGUGAAGCGAACAGCCAAUCCUUCUCACUACUGGUUGGACUCUUUUAAUGGCUAUGCAUGAAGUUCUUAUUUAUGGGACAGUUAGUAACUACUUGUAAUUGCACAGUACGCAGAGACCUGCACGACCACCAAGGAGAAGAGGGAACCGUGGAUCAUUGGGGAUCGUUUGGGUGCACGAUUCAUCAAAAUCGAUUUGCUAAACCUACGGGGCCCUUUACCUUCAUCGGUUAAGUUGAUCACUUUAUUACCCGCUAUAUAUCAAUAUGCGGCCACUAGUGACUACUGGACCGUGGCAUGCUAGAGAUUACUGGCGAGAAAGGUUUGUCCAGCAUAGGAUGAGACAGUGCGAACCGGUUCCGCCUGGGAGUCCUGCUGGCCUAUUAAAUGGCAGCUUAAACGAUGAGUCUGCUGGUGGUCGAGCAGAAAGAGAGUUUCACGAUCCGCCUGAAUACGGCGUUGCUAGGACAACCGGUGUGUUGUCAUACCGUUUCCUUUAAGAGCGGUGGUACACAUCAUCAUCAUCAUCAUCAUCAUCAUCAGCGUUACGUCAUACUUAGCGAGCACGAGUCCUCCGGACAGGGUAACGAUGAGAAAGUAAACAAACCAUUAGCGCCUACUAACAGCGUCGCCAUUGGCGCUGAAUGUCGCCAUUGCCUUGGUCGCUUCACCGGUUGCGAAUCUCGGUUUCAAUCACUUACUCGUUGCCAGUUGCUGGCAGUAGUUGUUCUCGGCCCCAAAGUUAAAGUGUAGCCAGUUGUAGAGAGAGAGAGAGAGAGAGAGAGCGAGAGACCGAGAUCCAGCGAAGAUCAAGGCUACACGCAAUCGCAGCGCAGUGUGGCGUACGCUUUGGCAUAUUCUAAAUUCCACCCAGAAGAGAAUAAACCGGACAAAAUGAGGACCAACUCACUACCGCUGAUGGCCACCGGUGCUGUCUCGAUGAUGAUGAUGAUCGUCAUCAUGACAGUGCCCUCGGAAGCCUGUUCGUGCAUGCCGCAACAUCCACAGUCGGCGUACUGUGAGGCGGACUAUGUGAUCGUAGCGCAAGUGUUGCGCAAAUCGCAGAGCACGGGCACACACGAUGCGUACAAGAUUGCAAUCAAGAAGGAAUACAAGAUGUCGGAUGCUGCACGGGAGGAACUGCGCCACGGCAAGCUGUACACACCGUCGGUAGAUUCGGCGUGCGGUAGGCCGCUGGAACCGAACAAACUGUACGCGAUCGCCGCCAAUACUAACCAGAUCGGUCUGUGCAACUAUGUGCAACCGUACGCCGAGCUGUCGCUGGUCGAGAAGCGUGGCCUGGCGGGCAUGUACCGGAAGGGAUGUGAUUGUCGCGUCGUCCCGUGCUUCGGUCCAAAGUGUGUGUUUAAACCGGGCGCCUGCAGCUGGUCGCCGUUCACUAAAAAGGGCGAUUGCGAGACAAUGUUCGGAUCGUGUGUACCGGCUGGGCGGGCGCAACAGAACGGUGUCCCCACCAAGUGCCACUGGCGUCGAUCGCCCCGCUUCUCCGAGUGUCUCGCCAACGGCAAAUAGAUGACGAUGAUGGCCUACCACUGAUGCCGCUAGCGAUUGAGUCUAUUUGUUCGAUGCACUCCCUAAUCUGGAAAUGUACACCCCUCCCCUUCCUCCCCGCAUCCUGACCCCUUCCUCACCAUCUACCCACUAUUCCCUUUAAUUUUUUUUGUUGGGGUAUGUUAGUAAUGUUAAUGUUUCCUGCGUCAUCGCCAUGCGUGACACAGUUAUUUAUCACGCUACAUUACUACUAUCUAACUAUGUCUCUCCGAAGCAUCUGUAUGCGUGUGUGUGUGUGUUUUACAUUCAUUGAUGAUGGCACCGUACCGUACGAUAGCGGAUGAGUGUAAAUUAUAUACUUAUGUUUUGUUAAGUACAAAUUAGCAUGAAUGUAAGCCUAAAUUAAGGAUGCACAUGGCGGGCAGGCAUGGUUUGCGAGAGUUUGCGGACCCUCCGCCCACCGGAUGUGAAUAAAUAUUGUAUAACAUG